CCCCUCUCUUUCCUUGUUUAAGGAAGGAAAGGAUUCUCUCACUGACUCACUAUCAAAUUAAUUAAAAUCAAAUAUUAUCGAAAGUAUCAAUGAGGUGAGAUGAGAUGUCAUCAAACAGAUAACAAACUACUCUUCUACUACAGUAAAAACACGUUAUCAGUAUGAAAAUAUUUGCUUCUUCAUUUAUAAAAUAAAGCCAAAGCAAACUGUAAAAUGUCAGGGGGUGCAAACAGGAAGAAAAAUACCCGGUCCCAGGGCUGGGAAGAGGCUGGUUCGGAGUUUUAUCAAGAAAGUUACCCUGCUGAUACGGAAAUUGAAGUUUUGCAGAGGGAUCCCAAACACUUACACACACUUCUACCCAGUAAACUAAACAGAGGAGCUGCAGCUACGAUCCGCAUCAAAACAAAUGACUACCGCACGAACAACAAGACGCUCAGAUGCAGAUCCCGCAGGGAAUCGACAGUUCAUCGCAGGACUUCACUUGCAGGGGAAGUACAGGUAUCUAUGCUGCCAGAUUUAUCAGAAAUGAGAUCGAAUGAACAGACUGCUUGGGAGGAAAUUAUGCGGAUAAAAUCUUUGCCUAUUCCCAUGUCGGAGAAGAAAGAAAUGAAGUUCAAAAUUUUGAAUGAACCCAAUUUGCGGCUACAAGGAUUCGAACAAUUCAAAUGGAAACGACGAAAAAUGUGGGGCCACUUCAAAACCCGCUUCGAAGAAUUCGUGCUGAAUCUAGGAUUAUGGAGAGGAUCCAUGAAGUACAUCGAAGGCAACUUUGGCACGGGAAUUGUAGCCUUCUUUCUCUUCGUCAGAUGGUUGUUCGUCUUGAACGUAUUCCUCUUCUUACUCGUAUUUUUAUUCAUCAACUUACCGACGAUUUUGCUGGAUUUUAAGAAGAAUACCAUAUGCCCAUCGUCGAAUUCUACUGAAAAUGCAACAGAUCAAUGUUGUGCUCAAAUCUAUUUCAAUAUGACGCUUUCGGAAAACCAUGUGGUUUUCGAUUUUGUACAAGGGACUGGGUUCCUAGAACGUACAUUGUUGUUUUACGGAUUCUACAGCAACGAAGUACUUCAAUAUAUGACGGGAGGUGUCACUAUGAAGUAUAACAUACCAGUCGCUUAUUUCUUACUGGUGAUCCUCUGUUUCGUUGUAUCAGCUCUCUCUAUCCUCAACUCAGCAGCCAAUGGUUUCAGAGAACGACUCAUAGAAGGAGAAGGACAGUUCUACCAUUACUGCAACACCAUCUUCGGUGGAUGGGAUUUCUGUAUCGAUAACGAAAAAGCUGCGAAGAUAAAACAGCAGCUGAUAUAUAACGAUUUGAAGGCAAAUAUAGAAACCGAAAAAAUCAACGAUGAAAUCCAGAAUCGGUCCACCAAAGAAAAAUGUAAGAUAUACUUCUACAGAAUCGUUGUCAAUUCUGUAGUGUUAGCAAUCCUAGGGGGCUGUGGAUGUAUAAUUUACUUAGUGUUCACCUUUUGUACGAAAGAAUCGUCUGAGGACAAGUACAUCCAGUUUUUGUACGAAUUCUUACCUUCUUUGACGAUAGUCGGUUUGAACAUGGUGAUCCCAUUCCUGUUCAACUUCCUUAUGACCUUCGAGAAAUAUAAACCUUCUACUGAGCUGAAGUGUUCCCUCAUCAGGAUCGUCUUCCUGAGACUUUCAGCGUUAAUCGUGCUCUAUGGUUCAGUUUGGAAUAAAAUAACCUGCGAUAAAGAGGACCUGAGAGCUUGCGGAGUCUGUAAAGACGGUCCAACUUGUUGGGAAAGUUACGUCGGCCAACAAAUCUACAAACUUCUGUUGACUCACUUCGCUAUCCAAGUCGUAAUGACUUUCUUCAUUAACGCACCAAAAGCGUUAUUGGCCCGACACGUAGAAAACAAAAUAAUCCAGUUUCUUUGUUCACAAACCUUCGAUCUUCCAAAACACUCCUUGGACAUUGUCUACACGCAAACUCUCAUCUGGAUCGGCAUCUUUUACGCCCCACUCAUCUCUUUUAUGGGCACGAUAAUAUUCUUCCUAAUGUUUUAUAUUAAGAAGUUUGCUUGCGUUUACAACUGUAGACCAAGUCCCAUCAUCUACAGAGCUUCUAGAACAAAUUCGAUGUUUAUGUUGGUACUUCUAAUAUCGUUUGCGUUUGCAGCUCUUCCAUUAGGUUUUUCCUUUUCGGAUCUCACUCCAUCCAAGUCAUGUGGACCUUUCAGAGAUAAGGAAUCCGUCUGGGCUUUAGCUGUGAGUUUGUUUCGGCAAACCCCUGAUCUGAUACAGACCAUUAUUUUCUUCCUGGGUACCGCAAAAUUCGCGGUACCAUGUAUCAUAGGAUUGUUCUUCGCUCUGUACUACUACAGAGGUGUGAACUCGGCUAACAGACACUUGGUGUCUGUUUUGAAGAACCAGUUGGUUCUGGAGGGACACGAUAAGCAAUUUUUGUUGGAUAGGCUGAGCUUGUUCAUCAAACAGGAGAACCGGAAGAGACUUAGAACUGAACAAAGGUGUGAGGACGGGGAUACGAAUUAGGUAAUAAGCCAAAACUUGUGAGAUUAGAUUUAAUAACCAAUGGACCAGUUUAUGAAGGUAUAUUUUCAUUUUAAUUUAAUUACAUCUAAUUUUUACCCGUAGUUAAGUUUUGUCACUUGUUCCAGUGAUCUAAUUUAUGAAUUCCAUUCCUGAAGUGAAAAUCCAGAAGACUAUCAAACACUACCUUUUCGUUCGAUAACAAUAUUUUCCUACAGAUGAAUUCUUUUACGUGUGAAAUAAAGUUAGUCAAAAGGAGCUAAAUCUGGCGAAUAGGGUGGAUGUUGCAACAACUUAUGUUUUAAUUCACCUAAUUUCGCGACUUCCUUUGAAGCGUUGUGACAGGGUCUUGCCUUACCAAACAAUGACGUUUUCCUUAAACCGGAUCUUUUUUGAAGAAUAUUACAUCCAGUUAGUCCAAAAGAAAAUAAACGGAGAGGCAACGCUGAAAAAUCUUUGAAUUUACUAAAGCUAGUUAUUUCACAGUUGAUUACCGUGAUUGUGUAGAGAAACAUACUGCGGUCGGUCAAGAGAAACGUAGAACAGGGCUUACUGAGAGGGUAUCAAAAUUGCUUUCCUACGAAGAUAAUUAAAUCCAUUUACUAAGGCUGAAAAUCAGUACACACAUUCUAAAUUGAAUAUAAAUAAAAGGUAUUAUAGUCGGUCAGCUGUAUGACGGGACAGAGCCGGUCGGUCGGCUCUAAUGAAUGUACAGGGUUAUUCACUAUAUUUUGACCCCCUUGAAAACUGCUUUGUUUACAGAAUUAGAAAGAAAUGUAAAAUACAAAAGUUAUUCGAUUUCUUAAUUAUGAUUUUUUGACAAAUAUAUUGUACUAGUGACGUCAUCCAUCUGGGCGUGAUGACGUAAUCGACUGUUUUUUUUAACCUUUAACUACCCGCGCAUCAAGUUAUACCAUAACUACACGCGUGGCGUACUUUGUACGCCACAAGAAAAUACACUUAAAAACAGCGGCUUUGUUUAAUUUUUUUUGAAAAAAUACACUUAGUUGUUUGUUAUAAACCUUAUUCGGCAUCAGUGAAUACUUGGAGUUUCUUUUCAGUAAGCCAAUUGGGAUUUAUAACUGGAAUCAUGAAAUAACUGGAUUCCAUGAUAAAUAAAAUUACUAAUAAAAAAUUUUUUUAAAUGUGAUUUUUUACAGGAGAAAAAGUAUUGUUUACAAAGAAAAAUAUAUUUUUUGCCAUAAUGACUAAAAAACAAUUAAAAUAUGUACUUAUAUUACGACUUAUAGUAAUAUAAUCCUGGGGUAUAUUGUCCACCACCGUAAACAACAAAUAAUAAAAUGUAAAUUACGAUCUUUCCAGAACGCCGAUUAUAACGAAACUAAAACCAAAUUGUAAAGCACAUUCCAGUGAUAGGUUAGAAAAAUAAGCAAGGUCAAAAAUUAAAUUUUUAAAUAUAUUUCCAGUAGAAUUCUUAUAUCUGGCGUACAAAGUACGCCAGCGCGUGUAGUUAAAGGUUAAAUGAGAAUAGGGGUCGUGUGCUAACUCAUUUGAAAGGUUAUUCAAUUCUCUAUACAGUACUAUAAACAUUAAGAUCAUUAUUUAUACAGGGUGUCCAAAAAAUAUUUUUGAAUUAUUAACUAAACAAUUUAAUUAAAAAAUUUUUUUUUGGACACCCUGUAUAAGUAAUCAUGUUAAUGUUUAUAUUACUGAAUAGGUAAUUGAACUAGCACUCGACCUCUACUCCUGUUAAAAAAAAUAGUCGAUUACGUCAUCACGCCCAAAUGGAUGACGUCACUAGUACGAUAUAUAUGUCAAAAAAACAUAAUUUAAAAAUCGAAUAACUUUUGUAUUUUACAUUUUUUUCUAUUUCUGCAAAUAAAGCAGUUUACAAGGGAGUCAAAAUAUAGUGAAUAACCCUGUACAUUCACUGGGGCCGACCGAUCGGCUCUGUCCCGUCAUACAGCUGACCGACUAUAAUAACUUUUAUUUAUAUUUAAUUUAGAAUGUGUGUACUGAUUUUCAGCCUUAGUAAAUGGAUUUAAUUACCUUGUAGGAAAGCAACUUUGAUACCCUCUCAGUAACCCCUGUUCUACGUUUCGCUUGACCGACCGCAGUAUGUUUCUCUACACACUCACAGUAAUCAACUGUAAAAAAUCUAGCUUUAGUAAAUUCAAAGAGAUUUUUCAGCGCUGCCUCUUGGACUAUUACGUAUUCGUACCAUACUAGCUGUUGUCUUUCGAUGCCAUCUAUGAUUGUUCUUUCUAGUCUAGUAUUCUAGUCUAGACCUCCUCCAAAAAUCCACCUCAGUGGCUAAUAAUUUAGCGUUGUACUUUUUGGUUACUUGCCAGACUUCAGCUCCAUAGGUUAAUACUUGUUUUAAUAUUGUGUUUUAAAUUCGUUUUUUAGUUUCUGUUCUUACAAUUUUUCGUCACAGUACCGAAUUCAUUAAUUCGUAUGCAAACUGGUUUAAUUUUGAGUGUGCAACGGUCUUGGGAGAAGAUUUAUGUUGAUAAAGGAGAUUUUUUUAUCAAAUUAGCAUCGAUACGGUCUAAUGGAAUUGCAUAGUACACGACCCAAGUAAUUAGUAAUAUCUUUCGCAUCCAAAAACACUAUCGUCAUCACCCUUGCAAUCGAUCGGAUAGUCUUAGCCUGUUCCUGCAUGUAAUUUUGCUCGAUUUCCACAGAGAGAGUCACACGGUGCUAAAUCUGGUGAAUACAGUGGGUGAUUGAUUAAGUUGUCUACUGACGAAUUAAUAAACCGAAGUUAAAACUAAAAACUUUUUUUAGAAACAUUUUUAUCAUAAAUUGGUCCAUUACCUUCCAUAUCCAGUUUAGUAUCUUAUGUAAAUAUUAGUAGAAGAAUAUGAAAAAUACCUACUUUUGUAACGGGACUGUUUGCUGUAUAAAACCAACAAACCAUAGCUGCAUUUUUAUUUAAUUUAUACGAGAUGUUUGGUUUUAUCAGGAACAGUUCCUUCUUAGGUAUUUCCAAGAGACUUACUAGCGGUAAUGUUUUUGUUACUAUACAGUUUUUUUAAUCAAUUAACUAGGUAAUAGGUAUUUCUAUAUAUUGUAAAUAAUCAUCUAUAAGUAUUCUAUAACCUGGUGCUCUUUGAAGUAUCAACAAAACGCCCAUAAUAACCUUCGAUGCUCAAAACAGCACUAAAGCAGUUUUUAUGAUUUGUCAGUAUUAUAGAGAGUCUCGCGAUUUGUCUCUGAAACCGAUUGCAGCAAUUAUUUAACUCUUUCAGCUCCGAUGACGCGUAUGCGCGUCCAAAUAGGACUACAUUAGUGCUAUGGACGCGUUUACGCGUCUACUUAAGUACUAUAGAAAAAUGACUUCUUGACAUUGCUGUUCAAGUAAAUUUUUAAUAUUCUUAAUACUCUCUUGGAUCUCAUUCUUGUUGAACAAUACAAAUUGCUCAAUAUGUAUUUUAUAAAGAUGAUCUCAUAUACAUGUUUUUAAAGAUUCUUUCAUGACAGUAAGAGAUUUCUUGAUAAGGUCUAGUACAAUGACUGAAGCGUUUUAAUAGAUACACUUCUCCAAGAAAUUAACGCACCACCUUAAAAAUUGGUCAUUUUUGAUGUAUCGAAUUUCCUAAACCAGUUGUCCAAUUUUAACCUAACAGAGAAGAAGAAGACGCAACUCUUGGCUUAAAAACCUACGACAAUGGACGAAUAUGACCUCCAUAGAACUAUUCAGGGCGGCUGCAAAUAAGAUUAAAUGGCCAACGUCCUUAAGGAUAUCUUGGUACUGGGGGGUUGUUACCCCCGAUGAUGGGGUUGAUUUAGUUGAAACACUAAUUACUGAAAUAUAUUUAUUUAAGUCACCAUGUACGACAGUAACUAGUUGGUGUCGGGAUGGAUACUCUCUCUAAUCUAACCACGUCGGUUUCUGAAUAAUGAAUAAAUUCCUUUCUUUACUUUCUACAUAUCUAUAAAUAAAUCCCAAUUGUUUGUUAUGAUUUCAUACUUGAAUGUGACCGUGAAUUACUAAUAGUACAUAAUUGCUGACUCCGUUGUUUUCAAAACGAGUGGCCUACAUUGCAGAAGCAAUGUCACCCAUUUACGUAAUGUAAACAGUACAUGUAAAUAAUAUUUGUUUGAGACUUUUAAAAAUUAAAUCGAUAUGGGUUACUCUUAUUUUUUGGAUGCUAAUAUAAAUCAUGUACAGGGAUACGGCAUCGUAAGAAGAAGAAGUUGUCCGAUUUAAGUAAUGUUUUAAUUUGUUAUAGCUUUAUUCUUUAACAAUAUCGUUUUAAUAAUAUUGAUGCUUGUCAGGUAAAUUGUCAUUGUAUACCGGGUGUACCAAUUAAACUGAUUUUUUCUCCAAAGUUCGCGUCACCCUCGUGGAAUAUUAUAGCAUUUAUAAAAUACUGAAAUUAAAACCCAACUAUAGCCUCAUGUUUUCUUAACAUUCUGUUUUUUGAUUCAUUCGCUUAUGUUGGAUAAUAAAAAAGUUAGGUACUUUGACAACUAGCCUUGUUUUUCGUCAAUACAACCUUAUGGGAUAAUUCUGCGUGAAAAAAUAAUGACAGUUUGCUUUAUAAACGUAUGUCCGCAAAUGCUUUGUUUCCGAGAUAGGGGGUGUCGAAAUUUUUCUUACAAACUCAUGAUUUAUUUAUUGCUCCAAAACCGGUUAAGAUAUCCAAAUGAAAUUUGGUGAGUUUUAAGAGGUAGUUAUUGCGCAUUUUUUGACACACAAUUAAGAAUUUUAUAUUCAUUAGCGUGCAUACUGGUAAUAUAACUCGUAUGCGCGCCAAUGGAGAAUAUAAAAUUAUUAAUUGUAUGUCAAACAAUGCGCAAUAACUACCUCUUACAACCUACCAAAUUUCAAUAACAUAUCUCAACUGGUUUUAGAGCAAUAAAUAAAUCGUCAGUUUGUAAGAAAAAUUUCAACAUCCCGUAUCUCGAAAAUGAAGCAUAUGCGGACAUAUGUUUAUUAACCAAACUGUGAUUAUUUUUCCAUGCAGAAUUGCCUCUUGAAGUUUGUCACUUCUUUAGAACACCCUGUAAUGAUGAAGAACGUGGCUAGUUGUUAAAGUACCUAAUUUUUUUAUUAUCCAAUAUAAGCGAAUGAAUCGAAAAACAUAAUGAUAAAUGAUAAGAAAAUAUGAGGCUAUAGUUGGGUUUUAAUUUCAGUAUUUUAUAAAUGCUAGAAUAUUCCACAGGGUAUUCCAAACUUCGAGGAAAAAACACAGUAUUAUUGUUACACCUGGUAUACAAUGACAAUUUACCUGUCUAGCAACAAUACUAUUACAACGAUAUUGUUAAAGUUUGCUUAGCAAUAAAUGGUUGACUUCAAUUAAUGCGGUCGUAAAUAUUAAAUUUAUCUGACUUGGCCCAUUGUUAAGACUGGUCCGGAGCGAUAAGCAAACCAGGUAGACAGAGUUGGUCUUUUGACAAUUAACACUGACUAGACGGUACUCCUGUAAUAAAGCAAAGGAUCCACAAAAUUUACAAUAAUUACGACGACAAAAACAAAAAACGGAUGUAAAAUAUAUUGCUUUGCCUUAUAUACCCGAAAUUAAUGUUUUCAAAUGAGUUUUAAAGUAAAUUAAAUCUUUUUCAAUUGUUAAGAUUAUAGAAAAACCAACAUUCAAACAUAUUUAAAUUUUACCUGAAACCGGGCCUCUUAUACUAUUGAAGCACCAGUACAAGUAUUGACCAUUGAAGUUAACCAUUUACUGCUAAACAAACUUUAAAGAAUAAAGCUAUAACUUAUUAAAAAAAAUCGCUUAAAUCGGACAACAGGUUUAUGGAAUUCGAGACACCAAAAAUAACCCAUUUUUAAAAUGGUGCGUUAAUUUCUGGGAGUAGUGUAUAAACAUUACAGAGACAAGUUGUGCAUUCUCUUAUAAGUUUUAAAGUAUACACAGUGAACAAAAACCUGCCAUGAUUGCAUAUUUGCCAAAUUUUUAAAUAGUUCUCAAUAGAUAUACUCAAUAAAAUAGGAAUAGCAUCUCAUGUAUGUUGUGAUACUUUAUUUGAAAACGCAUAAUUCAGUGAUUUUGAAAAUCGGUAACCAAGUGAAUGAUUUGUUUGAAGUAUAUGAAUAUAGUUUAUUUUUAAUGUACACACAUACUGAUACUGUGAUUAAAUUUUAUCUCUGGCAUUUCUGUGUAUUUAUCCGAGAUCUAAUAGAAAAGAAAUCAUAAUAACACAGGCACUAAAGAAAGGCAAGAAAUAAUACCAGUAAUAUUGUCCUUAUUUACAGUAAGCGCCACACUAGUUGACGCAGGGGUACCUAAUUGGUAGGCUUGGGCCAAUCCGGUCCGUUCUCACUUGAAAAAUUGUGACGUGACUUAAAAAUAAUUGUUUUUCCAUACAAAAAAUUCAUUAAUUAUUAAUAGUAUUGUUUCUCUGUUUUAAGAAAACUUCAUUCAAACACCAACAAUAUUACAAUAUUUUAUAAUUUUUACAACUUUAACACAAUGACAACUAUAAACUUCAAAUACAACUGUUCUAUAAACUGUCAACUUUCUAUGUUUAUUGGAAAUGGUAAGUCAAAAUGACGACCUCUAGUGGAUUUCGGCGUAACUAAAAUUUAGGUGUUUUUUCUUUUUAUGGAGGUUUUUAAUGUCAAAUCGUUGUCAGUAUUUUCGAAAAUCAAUAUAAUUAAUAAAUUUUAAUACAAAAGAUUUAAUUAAAAGCUUACAAACCUUUUAUCAAAAGUGUUCUUAUUUGUAUGUUGCGUUGCAGAAUAUUUGGAGUAUAUUUAGGAUGAACACGUUCUUUUUGAUUCUACUGAUGCUGGUAGAUUAAUCGAUGGGACUACUAAAUUAUUUUUCACUUUAUUGAUUUUCGAAAAUACUGACAACGAUUUGACAUUAAAAACCCCAUUAUAGCAAGGCAAUAAAAAUAAAAAUGCCUCAGUUGUAGUUCCGCCGAAAUCCACGAGAGGUCGUCAUUGUUACUUAACAUCUCCAAUACAUUUUCUGGCAUUCUAUUUAGACGUCACUAUGGUCGACCAAUCUUUAGUUGCGUUCGGGGGUACAGUGGACAAAUUGUCGCCGACAAUUUCUAACCUCACUUAAUAUAAAUAAUACCGUUAAUAGAUAAAUAAACAAGGUUAUUUACUUUUAAUUAAUAUUAAUAACUAAUUAUUAAAUUAUAGUAGGUAAAUAUACCUUGUAUAUUUAUCUAUUAACAAUAUUAUUUAUAUCAUUUUAAAGUGCGCAUGCGUUUUGCUAAUUUGUCGCCGACAGGCACCCGCGAACGCAUUUAUACGGUUUGCCGACGACACUAUUUUGUUAGCAGAAUGUCUUGAAGAUUUACAACAAAUGGUUGACAGAGUGGUAGAAGUCAGUGAAAAAACCUGACUGUCCCUAAACACAAAAAAGACAGAAUUUAUUGUAAUAGCAAAAGUCCAACAGCGCCAAGAAAGCAUAACAAUACAUGGAGAACAAGUUAAAAAAAGUUUAAAAAAAUAUAAAUAUAUUUACAAUAAUUAAUGAAAAUAAUGAAUACACGGAAGAGAUUAAAGCGAGAAUAGGACACAGGCAAGAAAUGCUUUCAACAAACUGAAAAAAAGUAUUCUGUAGCAGGGAUAUUAUAAUUUAGUAAAAUUAGAAAAUCUACGGUUUCGAUUUGAUCUGCCAUCCCCCGAUAGUACUAUUUCUAGGUCUACCUGUUGUCAAGGAGGCUGUGCAGAAGACAAAUUUACACCAAAACGUCCGUAGUUCUCGGUUCAAAAAUAAAACUAUUUAUACCGUAGUAUGGUUAGAACGCCCUCUAACGGGGAAUAAGUGAAAUUAAUGUCGACUCGAUUCAAGUUCUGUUUAACCCAGAUAUGACAAUAUCAAAAGGCACUAACCCAGAUAUUGUCAUAUCUGGGUUAAACAGAGAACUUGAAUCGAGUCGACAUUAAUUUCACUUAUUCCCCGUUAGAGGGCGUUCUAACCAUACUAUGGUAUAGUUUUAUUUUUGUACCGAGAACUACGGACGUUUUGGUGUAAAUUUGUCUUCUGCACAGCCUCCUUGACAACAGGUAGACCUAGAAAUAGUACUAUCGGGGGAUGGCAGCAGACAGAUUUAAAUCAAAACGAAACCGUAGAUUUUUCUAAUUUUACUAAUGCCAUACUCUGUAUUAGAGUACAAAGACUCGUUUCAUACAGGUUCUCUGAACCGCAUAUUGGAAUAUUUUCCUUGCGGUGCCUUUUGAUAUUGUCAUAUCUGGGUUUAUUAAACAGAGGACUUGAAUCGAGUCGACAUUCAAUUCAUUUCAUAAAUUCAAUUCAAUUUCUUUAAAGAUAAGACUUCUGAGAUGCUACGUGUUCUCUGCAUUGUUUUAUGGAUUGGAAGCUUGGACAUUAAAGAUGUUUCAAGCGGAUUAGAAGCCUUUUUUUUGGGCCUACAGGAUAUUAAAAAUAAGUUGGGUGGAUAGUCACGAAUGUCGAGGUGUUGGGAAGAAUGGGAAAAGAGAGGUUUUGAAUACAAUUAAAGUUAGAAAACUGCAAUAUCUGGAACAUGUCAUGAGGGGUGAGUGUUAUAACUUGUUGCAAUUAAUAAUACAAGGAAGAAUACAGGGUAAAAGGAGUCGUGGAAGAAAACGCAUCUCCUAGUUAAACAAUUUGAGAGCAUGGUUAACUGCGAUUUAGGGAAGCGGUAUCGAAAGUUCGAAUUGCCAUGAUGAUUGCCGACCUUCUUAGAGAUGGCACGUGAAGAAGAAUAUGUCAUUAGACAUAAAAGUAAACAGUGCAACAAAUGAAGAGUGCAGGGCUAUAUUAGCUCAAUGUACCCGUGUGUCUAGUAGCAUGGCAGUUAAUGUAUACAAGAUUCAUGGUAGUGUCGGAAGCAACUCAAUCAAAUAAAAAAACUUCAGAUAAAUUGUUUAAUAUCAGUUAACCGGUUUAGUCUGAAUCCAGUGUGGUAUCAGAACAAGGUUCCUUCACUUGCUUUCGUUCCUGUGCUUUAUUCUUUAGUUAGUUAACUCGAUCUCCUUUCCUGAGGAAUCACUCAGUCUUGUUGACUUCUUUAGUCUUUUGUAAAUAUUUUAACAUUAUUCUUAUGUUUCGUCAAGCAAUAAUUGUAAAUAUAUGCAAAAUAACAAACACUAUAGUAUCAUUAUGUGUGUGCUGAGUAUUAUUGUUUUUAUAUUGGAAUUUGAUUCACUUCAUUUGAAUACUUUUGUUUCAUUUGGUUUUUAAUUUAUUUGUUUUUUAUUCGACUUUGUUUUAAACAAAAAAAUAUAUACAAUAAAUUAUAUAUACCUAUUUUUUAAGGUUUGAUAACAUCUAGUCAAGUAAAUAUUUUAUUUAUACACCUUUUAUGCAUAAUAAAUAAAAACAAACUCA